AUGAGUCGAGGUCUUACUCUGGAUUUCAAAUACAUUGGUGCUCACAUCGAUGAUUACAUUCGAAAUGAAAAUCUUUUUGAUACAUUCGAGCUCGAAGACAUCAAAAAAAUCAUGAGAUAUUCCAAAUUAACUACAACUCAGUUCGUUUCUCUUCUCAAACAAUCAUCACCAACUAUCAGCGCCAACAAAUUAUACAAAUGCACACGAAAUGCGAAUGUUACUAUCCAAAACAUCGACGACGUCUUUUCGGUUCUUAAAUCAGUCAAAGAAUACUUGAAAUUCACAAUAUUUGAUGGUAUCAUUGAUUUUUUAGAGGUAAAUAAUAAUGAAACGCGUAAUCCUAUAGAGGAAAUCACAAAAUCUCAAGAACAAAUCCAAUCAUUUCAAAUUGAACAGAAUCGAACACAAGAUAACAUCAAUCAUUCACGAGAUCUUUUAACUAAAAUCUCAUCCCUUAAGAAAUCUCAUAAUUUUGAUAGUGUUUACCAAUUCUUUGAAGAGCUUUCUUCUAAAGGCAAUCGCGAAAUGAUUUCAAAGGCUUGUAAAGAAGGACUUUGGCAAAAGACAACAGAGUAUAAAAAGAAUGUACUUCAUAUUGCAAGUGAAAAAGGAAAUCUUAAUCUUAUCAAAUCACUAAUUGAAUGUGGCUGUGAUAAAGAAGCAAAGGAUCAUUUUGGAUAUACUCCACUCAUUCAUGCAUCAGCUAAUGGUCAUCUUGAAGUUGUUAAAUAUCUUAUCUUUGUUGGAGCUAAUAAAGAAGCAAAGGAUAAUGCUGGAUGGACUCCACUCAUUAUUGCAUCAAUACUUGGUCAUCUUGAAGUUGUUCAAUAUCUUAUCUCUGUUGGAGCUGAUAAAGAAGCAAAGGAUAAUGAUGGAUAUACUCCACUCAUUUAUGCAUCAAGAUUUGGUUGUCUUGAAGUUGUUCAAUAUCUUAUCUCUGUUGGAGCUAAUAAAGAAGCAAAGACUAUAGGAGGAAGCACAGCACUCUCAGUGGCAAAAGGUAUGACAAGAAAUUAUCUAAUAUCUAUUGGAGCCAAGUAA